AUGUGGGCGGGCGGGCGGGUGACGGUCAACCCGUCGCGCUUCCUGGAUGCGGUGUCGCGCCACGACGGCCGCUGGGGUGAGGGCUACCAGCAGGACUGCGAAGAGUUUUUGCACAGCCUGCUCACUGCGCUGCAGUCGGACUGCAACCGCGUGCCGGGCAAGCCCUCCUACCGCGAGCUCACCGGCAAGGGCUCCGAGGCGGAGCAGGCGGAGGAGGCGCGGUCGUACCAGCUGAGCUGGCACGACUCCGUGGUCGAGGACGUGUUUGUGGGGCAGCUGCAAAGCACCAUAACGUGCGCGGCCUGCGGCGGCGCCAGCCACUGCUUCGACCCCUUCUACAGCCUCGCGCUGCCGCUGCCGGCGAAGGGGGGGCCCGUGGCCGUGCAGGACCUUUUGGCGGCGUUUGUGCAGCGGGAGGAGCUGCAGGACAGCGAGCGCUACCGCUGCGACCGCUGCGGCCCCGACAAAAAGCAGCCCGCCUCCAAGCGCCUGCAGAUCUGGUCCUACCCGCCAAACACCCUCGUGCUCACCCUCAAGCGCUUCUCCAGCAGCGGCGGCGGCGGCGGGGCCAUCCCCAGCCUGGGCGCGUUCGGGGGCCGGUUCUCGGCCGCGCGGAAGGUCGCCACGCCGGUGCUGCUGCAGCCGGCGGGCGCGCUCGACCUGCGGCCGUACUGCAACCCGCGGGGGCUCAAGGAGUGUGUCGCCAGGGGCUGCCCGGCGCCGGUGUACCGGCUUGUGGCGGUCGCCAACCACUCGGGGACGCUCGGCGGAGGCCACUACACAGCCAUGGGACGCAGCGCCACAGAUGGCUGUUGGUACGAGUUCAACGACUCGACGGUCUCGUGCUGCGACCCCCCCAGCGGCGCCAGCUGCGACGCGUACGCGCUCUUCUACCGCUUGGUCGGCUGCAGCGGGGGCGGCGGCGGCACCUUCUGCGGAAGUAGAGAAUGA